GGAGAAUUGGAGCACCGUACGCCGAAAUGUGGAUACUGCCGAACUGAUCGCAGGGACUUUGUUCACCAGCUAGCUCAGAUUGAGCGCUGUCAAACACGCUUACGCUGUAUCAAGCAACGGCAGCGAAAACGGACCCCUGAUGUGAAGUCAGACGAAACUGCGAGCGACCCCCAGUUGCACCAUCAUAUUGGGAAAAGUGAGAAAAUUUUUGAAGAGUUCGGCCAUUACCUCCGUAGUCAUGCAGGAGAUCCGGCUAUGAAGGACUUCCUACCGUGUUUAAAAGAUCAUAUUAUGGAUCGCAUUAGGAUCUCUGAACCUUCCUUGGAGACACCCCCUCAUCCUGACCAUGAACGUAAUUCAAUUCUUUUCAAGCGUGGACGAAUUUAUCAUCAUAGCCUCGUACGAUUAGAUUAUACUACGUACGACGUCCGACGAGCUCAAGAUGUUAUUAACCCGAGGACGCCUCAUUGCAAUGUUAUGCUACUCCAGCAUGGCAAUGGCGAGGAUGGCAACUACCGAUACGCGAAAGUCCUGGGCAUCCAUCAUGUCAAUGUCGUUUACGCGGGGAACGUGUACAAAGCUCGCCGGGUGGAAUUUCUGUUCGUUCGGUGGUACAAAUCGGUCCAAAGCCAUGCAUGGGAAACGUAUGCAUUAGGUCGUGUUCGCUUCCUACCUUUGGAGAACCCUAACGCCUUUGGAUUUGUGGACCCAGGAGAUGUUCUAAGGGCAUGUCACAUUAUCCCGGCUUUCUCUCGAGGCUGGCGUAACCCAGAUGCUGGGAUUUCCCCUCUUGGUGGAGACAAACAUGAUUGGAAGGAAUACUACGUCAACAGGCAAGCAAUUUUCAUUGAAUUCUCUGCGGAACUUACGAUUUAA